AUGUCUUUAACUCAAGUGGAGGAAGGAUUCCCAUCUUGUCGAAACUGGUCAUCUAAUAUAGAGCUGAAUGGCACCCAGGAGGCUUUUGGAAACCCCUCUGCAGACUAUGAUGAGGAGGAAUUUCUGCAAUACCUUUGGAAGGAAUAUUUGCAUCCCAAGGAAUAUGAAUGGGUUCUGAUUGCUGGAUAUAUUAUUGUGUUUAUUGUGGCUCUGGUUGGAAACAUCCUGGUUUGUGUUGCAGUAUGGAAAAACCACCACAUGAGAACAGUCACCAAUUACUUCAUAGUAAACCUCUCACUGGCUGACGUCCUUGUCACCAUCACUUGUCUUCCAGCGACGCUAGUGGUGGAUAUCACCGAGACGUGGUUCCUUGGGGACAGCCUGUGCAAGGUGAUCCCUUAUUUGCAGACUGUGUCGGUCUCUGUUUCCGUGCUAACCCUGAGUUGCAUCGCCCUGGAUCGAUGGUAUGCAAUUUGUCACCCUUUGAUGUUUAAAAGCACAGCCAAGCGGGCCAGGAACAGCAUUAUCAUUAUCUGGAUUGUGUCCUGCAUUAUAAUGAUCCCCCAGGCAUUUGUCAUGGAGUGCAGCCAUGUCUUGCCAGCAUUAGCCAACAAGACCAUCUUAUUCACGGUUUGUGAUGAACGCUGGGGAGCUGAAGUCUACCCCAAAAUGUACCACACUUGUUUUUUCCUGGUUACAUAUAUGGCCCCAUUGUGUCUGAUGGUGUUGGCCUAUCUACAGAUAUUUCAAAAGCUAUGGUGCCGACAGAUUCCAGGAACUUCAUCUGUGAUUCAGAGAAAGUGGAAGCCUCUGCAAUCCACAGCACAGGCGCAAAGGCAGAAGCCAUCGGCAAAUUUUAGGAUUAGUGCUGUGGCAGCCGAAAUCAAACAAAUCCAAACCCGGAGGAAAACAGCACGUAUGCUCAUGGUCGUUCUCCUGGUUUUUGCCCUCUGCUAUCUCCCAAUUAGCAUUCUCAAUGUAUUAAAAAGGGUGUUUGGGAUGUUCAACAAUGCUGACGACAGAGAAACAGUGUAUGCCUGGUUUACAUUCUCCCACUGGCUUGUAUAUGCAAAUAGUGCAGCAAACCCAAUUAUUUAUAACUUUCUCAGUGGAAAAUUCCGAGAAGAAUUCAAAGCAGCUUUUUCCUGCUGCUGCUGCUUUGGCAUUAGCCACCACAACGAGGACCGGCUUCGAGGACGGACAAGCACAGAAAGUCGGAAAUCCUUGACCACCCAGAUCCCCCAUUUUGACCAUGCUACCAAGUUAUCAGAGCACGUUGCAUUGACUCACAUAAGCACACUCCCAACAAAUGGCACUGGACCUAUUCACAGCUGGGAGCAUCCCAGUUUCUCUGUGGUUUAA